AUGGCCGGCCCAGUGAGGCACGCCAUCGACGUCAAGGCGCUCGAGGCGUACCUGGGGGCCAACGUGCCCGAGAUCCAGACGCCGCUCGAGGUGAAGCAGUUCGGGUACGGGCAGUCGAACCCGACGUACCAGCUGACGGACCGGACGGGGCGUCGGUACGUGAUGCGCAAGAAGCCGCCGGGGAAGCUGGUGUCGCGGACGGCGCACCAGGUCGAGCGCGAGCACCGCAUCAUCGCCGCCCUGCACGGCCGCCUGCCCGUGCCUAGGCCCUACUGCCUCUGCGAGGACGCCGCCGUGAUCGGCACGCCAUUUUACGUCAUGGAGUUCCUCGACGGCCGCAUCUUUGCCGACCCGGCCCUGCCCGGCCUCGACGCCGCCGACCGCCGCGCCAUGUGGGCCGACGCCGUCCGCACCCUCGCUGCCCUGCACGCCGUGCAGUUCGCCGACCUCGGCCUGGCCGAUUUUGGCAAGCACGGCGGCUUCUUCGCCAGGCAGCUGCGCACCUGGACCAGCAUCUGCACAGCCCAGGCCGCCGUCAAGGACGUCGAGACCGGCGUGGCCGUCGGACACCUGCCGCACUACGAGGACCUGGUAAGCUUCUUCAGCGACGAGAAGCUUCGCCCGAGGGAUCGCGUGACGCUGGUCCACGGCGAUUACAAGAUCGAUAACUUGAUCUUUCACAAGACGGAGCCAAGGGUGAUUGGCGUGCUAGAUUGGGAAAUGUCAACAGUAGGCCACCCGCUCUCAGACCUCGCCAACCUCCUUUACCCAUACGUAACGGCCGAGCAGCCAGCCGGGACAGCAGCAGGGCAGGGUGAUCCCAAGGCGCUGCCGUCGAACGCGGGCUUCCGACCGGGCGCGACGCCGGGCCUCCCGACGCGCGAGGAGGCCGCCGAGCUCUACCGCCAGGCGUUUCGGGACUGGUGGCCGACGCCCGCCAGCAUGGAGCCCGAGCUCCGCUGGGCGCAGGCCUUCAACGUGUUCCGCGGCGCCGCCGUCGCCCAGGGCAUCGCCGCCCGCGUCGCCGUCCGGCAGGCCAGCAGCGAACAGGCCGCCACCUACGCCGACGCCAGGGGCGCCAUGGCCGACGUCGCCUGGGACAUGGUCGCCCGUGCCAAGGGGGCUAGGGCCAAGAUCUGA